AUGGCUCCACAACCCCGGCUUGAUCCAAAUUCUACAUAUCCAGUUACACCAACAAAACCACGACUCAACAUUGCCGAGUUCGAUAUCUGGUUUCUCGAGUUUUCUAACACGUAUAACCUCAAUCUCAGGCGGUCUCCUCCAGACUUAUCACCGCACAAGAAGCGAUCCUUACCCUAUUAUCCGGAAUUACAAUAUUAUGAGCUUUUGAAAGUCCAAUACUUCAAGGGGAAGCAUGAGCUCAUACAAGACUUGUUUGCCCAGGGGGCAAAAGCCAUUUACAGCAAAUGGAUAAAGAAACCACGGGCAGAACCUGGAGUUACUCCUUUCCCCAGCCAGCUCCCUCGAGCAACCUCUGAGCCUGAGCGCUGUGAACUGCUCACGCUGCUGAAGGCUAUUCUCGAGGAUAUUGGCUCCGUAAAUGUCUCCCGCCGUUCUUCCGUUGUGACCUCAGUUUCUUAUCAAGUUUAUGAUGAGCCUUUAUCUUCCGCAAGAGAUCAACGCUCUAAGCGUUACUCUGAUGGAUGGCGAGGAAGCCCUUCCCCUAAAAGGAAUAGGAGUGUGCCCUCGGAUAUCGACACAGAGUGUGAUCCUGAUGACGAACGGCCACCUAGUGUACUUUCUACUCUCGAUAGGGGCCGCGUACUUACAGCUAGUCCUGCUCCUAGCCAACUAUCGUCGAUACAGGCACCGAAUCUCUCAAGAUUAAGUCGAAAUGGGGAUCCAUAUAAGGCGGAAAUCACACCAAAUACCAGCAAAUCAACAUUUGCAUCGCGAGUAUUUUCAGAUCAUGACGACAACCAACCCCUUCUAGUAUCUCAACAGACGCAAACCACUGUGAUGGCGAGCAAUCCGGAGAGCAUAAAACCUUAUCCUUUCCCACCGUCACUAGCAAUCGGAUCUGAUUCGGAUUCUUUUGCACCAUCUUCUGGUACGGAAAGAGCCCUACAAAUCUCAUUCGACCGUCACGAACUUCUUCAACAGAACAUGAGGGAGUUUCUAAAAAACGGAUCAUCGACAUACUCCGACUUCGACUAUUCGGAGCAGGAAACCACGCGCCCUGCUACUCCUUCUCCCCCGUCUCAUAUGCGUCCUACUGAUCCGCUUCCGGCUAUUCAACGUCCGGCAUCUCCAACAGUUUCUCCCCCGCUCUCUCCCGAAGGUGAAAAAUUAACUAGUGCGCCACCACGUGAGGUAUAUGGAAAUAGUCAAGGAUUUGAGCAUCGACUUCAUGAUGUCUGGGCUCAUCUUCCUGAUCAUUAUGAUCGCAGCCCGUUCGUGGUUCGCUGGGAAAUUCUCCGAAUUGCCCUUCACUGCCAAGUACGGAUGGAAGACCUACGCAUUGAAUAUGAUCCCUCGUGGACCGACCAAAGGACACUAUGGGCAAGGCUUCGAGCUUUGCCUGUAUUCCAGGGAAAGUCCUUUCCUGAAAAAACCCGACCCGAAGCUUGGAAAGCAGCCCUGAAUGAUGAAUUUGCUACCAGAGACCAAGUAGUUGUGCUUACGGCGUCACUCACAGCGAACCCGUCAAAGAAUGGACCACCAUUUCUUCUCAAGCUCAACCCUUUGAAGUUGGAUCUACCUCAUCGCUUAAGUCGUAGAUUUGGAUCAGACCGCUUUCUCGAACUUGUGAUACCGUCGUUGAGUUCCCAGGAUGUUAGAAGGUUCGGCGAGUCCGCCAUAGAAAGCAUUCAGCGCUGGCUAAUCGAUGGACCGCAUGUACUUCUUGGUCGUGUAUGGACUGCAUUUUUUCUUAAAGAGGCCUUGCCUAAGAAAAUUAGCAAUGAGAACGCUCCGGGACCUCAGUCUAAGACAGUACACCAAGAACGGAUAUACCUCUUUGCUGAAGAUGGCAACGACUUCCGCCGCCCAGCAACAGGGGCAUCUUGUUCGCCAAAGGGCGAACCUGUGGAUAUGCAUACGCGGAUGAGCCGAGGGGAGCUUAUUGAUUGGCUUUUACAAGUGCCUAACAAUCAGACCCAGCCGGUACUGAAACUUUUUCAACGUAUUACGCUAGGCCUAAGUCGUACACACCCAACUGUCGUUCUCCGGCCCGAGCAGAUUCGACACCAACCUGAGGAUAUUCUGUCCCCUAUCAACAAAGUCAUGAAUGACGGUAUUGCCCGCAUGUCCUAUGGCCUCGCACGAGCUAUACGUGAUAUGAUGGGGUUUUGGAUUCGAGAUACUACUGACACUAGUGACACAAUAUGGAUAGAAACAAGACCCUCCCAACGUAAAUGGAAUUGCGACUACAUUGAAGAUGACCAUCGUACAUUCGAAGUCCUCAGCGAAUCUAGGGAGAUUAAAUCUGCGAGUCUUAAUCUUCAACUCCUACCUAUUCUUGAAGACCGAGCCAUCAAUGCAACUCAAAUGAAGAUUCAAGUUGGGAACUUCAUGAAAGACAGCCUUAAAAGAGAUCUCGACGCCCAAAAGGCCGCUAUGCAAGAUCCUACUCAAUUCAGGCUAUGGGUUUAUGAGAACUCCCCGACAAGUCGCCGAAUGGAGCGUACAAAGCAUUGUCAGGUGCCAUUCACAGCUGGCCUUCCGAAUAGUCGUGAGGACAUAAUGGCCUUUCUUCUAGAUAGCGGGUUCGACCCCACUAAAUUGCAAUUUCUGAGCGAAAUUGCUUGGAACUUGCGAGUAGAAAAAUGCCAGGAACUUAAGGAGCGGCUUCAUGUGAGGGUCGGACGUUCUACCUAUGCCUAUAUGGUUGUCGACUUCCUCGGGAUUUUAGAGGAGGAUGAAGUACACCUUGGAUUCUCUUCCAAGUUUACCGAUGAACACUCCGGAUUUUCCGAAACCUUCCUCCAUGGAAUAGACGUAUUAGUUGCUCGUACACCUGCGCAUUAUCCCAGCGAUAUCCAAAGAGUAAAAGCAGUCUUUAAACCCGAACUGGGGUCGUUGAAGGAUGUCAUCAUUUUUUCAACAAAGGGUAACAUACCCCUGGCUGAGAAGCUGUCUGGUGGUGAUUACGACGGCGACACUGCCUGGGUAUGUUGGGAGCCAACAAUUGUGAACAACUUCCACAACGCAGACAUGCCCGACGCCCCAGAUCUGUUCCAACAAGGCGUCAUACGCAAGGAGACUCUGACUUAUCGCGACCUUGCUGGAGCCAGCGACAUUACUUCGAAGUUCCUUUUAAGGGCCUUUAAAUUCAACCUACAACAGAAUCUACUUGGUAUGUGCACUAACUACAAGGAGAAGUUAUGCUAUACACGAAAUUCAGUGCAAGACGAAUCAGCAAUCCUCCUAAGUACAUUGAUCAGCAAUUUAGUCGAUCGGGCCAAACAGGGUAUCAUUUUUACGGACCAGGACUGGGCUCGACUACGCAAACGAAUAAGCAGGUUUGAUCCACCAGAUCCUCAAUACAAAAAGAAUAGUUGGAGUCUUCAAGGCAAGCCAACUCACAUAAUCGACUUUGUGAAAUUCGGUGUCGGGCAGCCCAUAGUUGAGGAGGAGCUAAAAACUUUUCAGGAGUCCCUUAAUCAAGCAGAACUUUAUGACAAGGACCUUGUAAGGUAUUAUCAAUACUACGAAAAGUUCCAAAGGCCAUUUACUGAACGUAAAGAGGCCGUAAAAAAAUUGACUUGGGAAAGGGUUUUAGAAAAGCUUAGGAAGGAUAUUGAUGUUGUUGCCCAAGAAUGGCCGAAUCGUCGUGGCGAAUGGGAUGCUAAGCUUACUAGCCUCUAUGACAAAUGGCAGGAAAUCAAGCCAACAGACGAGGUAAAGUCAGAUACAGUCAAAUCUCUGCUACUUCAAGAGGACCAAGCCAAGGUUGGCCUUUCAAGCUGGGACUUAUUGAAGGCAUCCUUUGCCUUUGGGAUGUACUACAACAAAUAUCCGAAAUUUGUCUGGUAUAUAGCUGGCAAACAACUAGCAUAUCUGAAGGCUACGUACAGCAGCCAGGAAGCAGGUGCUCCGCCUGUUCUCAUGACCCCCGGCAUGUACGCAGGCUCACGGCCUGACAACAGGUAUGCGCGAGUCCUGGCGGCUAGGAGUGAAGGGCGUAACUUAGUCGAGAGCGAAGCAAUCGACGAAGAAACGGCCACGUCCCUAUCAGACGGAGAGGUCUAA